AUGGCUCGUCCCGGCCCCUCCGCACGGAAUCUCACUCUCACAGAAGAGUUGGAGAAGUUAGAGCAGUCUAUCACCUUGACUCUCCAGGAAAUCGACCACAACUUUAGCAAGGCGCACCGUAUCGUAACCACGAAUAUCUUGCCCAUUGUAGAGCAAUAUGGCGAGCAUUCGCGAAACGUUUGGGAUGCUUCGAAGUUCUGGAAACAAUUCUUCGAGGCCUCGGCCAACGUUUCCCUCUCCGGUUACGAAGAGAACGCCAACAAUGGCAAUGAUGAAACCGGCGCAACUGAAGAGGAGUCGACCGUUCAAGAAGAUACAUCCGUCGACUAUACCCGCACACCCCAACAACAACGCACCGAAGGCGAAGACAUGACCAUAGUUUCGACCGCCGACUCUACUUUCCGUGCAGACGAUUCCGUACUCGAUGACAAUGACCUCACUGGCAGCACACCCCGGCCACCUAAAACAAAGACGAUGAAGCCGCAGUUCUCAAACCUCGAAUCCCCCUACGAGACACUCAAGCGCGAGCUGAAAGGCGAGCCACCUGCACCGCACGAGGAGGACGACGAGAACGAGGAUCUUGGGCUCGAGGAGGACUCAACUGUCCUCUUUGCGCAGCACACGGCCCGUCUUCCAGACAUGUCCAUGACACCACGCUCCUCGUUCGCGCCGCCGCAACAGCAGCAGAGCCACAAGGACCCUCUCAUGCACCGCAUGCUUGAUAAGACGUUCCGCAUCCAGGCUACGCCGCACAAGGGUCCCACUUACCGCGUCUCGCCGCUGAAGCGCGAUGACAAGAACAAGGAGAAGGAAAACGUACCUGCAUGGCAGCAGGACUCGCCCAUGUCCUCGCCGGUCAUGGCCGUUCCAAAGCUACGCAGCGAGGCCUUCAUGUCUCCUAUCAAGAGCAAUGCCCGACAGCGUCUUGCUGCCGCGACUGCAUCUGCGGGACCGCGAACCCCGGGCGUGAGCGUGCAAACACCAGGUGGUGCGAGGAAGACCAAGGACGUGUUUGCUACCAAAGGCAACUACGAUGACGAUACGACUACGGAUCUCGGUGCCAAGUUUGAUAAGCAAAGGUACGAGAUCGACUGGGAAAGCGAUAGUGACGAGGACCAUGGGCUGUAUGGCGGUAUGAGUCCGCCCAAGACCAUCCAGUUUGCGCUUCCGCCGUCGAAACUGCUUCAGACCCCUGCUCGCGAGGCCAGCAAGCGCAUUGUGGACGAUAUUCUACUUACGGCUGGCGCCGAGCCGGAAAGCUCAGAGUAUAGUCCUACGAUGGUCAAGAUGAACGAGGACAUUCUCAAUGAAAGCUUUUGA